AUGUCUCGUGUACCUUUUAUUGGGAGGUUAUUUUGGUUCGAGUACCUAGCACUGCUGGGAUCUUUGGUCCUGGUAUUCCUCGAGACUGUCAUUCAUCUAAUCACAUUCUGCCUUCCAUCGCCGAUCAUUCGAUUUUGCCACGAUCAGUCGAAGAAGCUUUUCAAUGUAUUCAUUCCAAAGGAAGCACAGGAUACUCGCACAAAGGAAGAAAUUCUUGCUGGCUGUAUAGCACAGGCGUCGGACUUUGUCGAGAUGUGUGCCCUGUUUGGAUACGAGGCGGAGGAGCACAUCGUCCAGACUACUGAUGGGUAUCUCCUUGGAUUGCACCGACUGGCCUACCGUAAGGGCGAGGAAAACAUGCGUGUCAAUCAGGGACCUGGCUCGAUUACCAAAAAGGUUGUCUAUCUUCAUCAUGGUCUUCUCAUGUCAAGUGAGGUGUGGGUCGCCUUGACCGACGAGCAGCGCUGCCUUCCCUUCCAGCUGGUCGAAAAGGGGUACGAUGUAUGGCUGGGCAACAAUCGUGGCAACAAAUAUGCAAAGAAGUCUGUACAGUUCUCGCCGGGGUCGAAUGAGUUCUGGGACUUCUCUAUCGAUCAGUUCGCCUUUCACGAUAUCCCAAACAGCAUUGAGUACAUCCUCGAUGUGACCGCUCAGCCAUCGUUAUCGUAUAUUGGUUUCUCGCAGGGCACUGCUCAGGCUUUUGCGACACUCUCCAUUCACCCAUUGCUUAACCAGAAGGUUGACGUUUUUGUGGCCCUGGCACCAGCAAUGGCACCGUCCGGUCUCCGCAAUCGCAUCGUCGAUUCUCUCAUGAAGGCAUCUCCUAACUUUCUAUUCCUCUUGUUCGGUAGACGCAGUAUUCUUUCCUCGACAACAAUGUGGCAGACAAUUCUGUAUCCGCCAAUCUAUGUCCGCAUCAUCGACACUGCCCUCUCAGUUCUAUUUAACUGGCAAUGCCGCAAUAUUACUCGAACCCAGAAGCUCGCCGCCUACCUCCACCUUUACUCAUUCACAAGCACCAAAUCUGUUGUUCAUUGGUUUCAGAUCAUUCGCAACAAAAAUUUCCAGUUCUACGACGACGAAUUGCAAACUCCAUUCAGCAUCGUUGCCAGUGAGCGCUUCUACAAGCCUGUCAAGUACCCAACCCGCAACAUCAAGACGCCUAUUGUGCUUCUAUAUGGUGACAGCGAUAGCCUUGUUGAUAUCAACGUCAUGUUGCAGGGCUUGCCUCGUGGGACUAUUGCCAAGCCCAUACCCACUUAUGAGCACUUAGACUUCUUGUGGGCUUCGGAUGUGGACCGACAGGUCUUUCACCAUGUCUUUGACGCACUGGAGAGAUAUAGUCCGAAGAGUGUCAAUGGUGUUCACGUUAAUGGUGCCAAUGCCGUUACCAGCGACUCAACUCCAACCAAUUUGCUUGAAGACAGACCUUCUACCGCAACGCAUGCGUCGAAUACCUCUCUGCCAAGACAUCGAACUAACUUCACGGCUGACCCUGCAUACAGUACAGCGCCAUAG